AUGCGGUUAAGCGCACAGUCAUUAUGGACAGUUCUCCUGCACCUGUCGGUGCUGGUCCCUCAGGCCCAUGCCAUUGAUGUGGAUGCUACUUCGCCCGAUUCAUUAAAAAGUGCCGCCAGCGAUGCGACCUACGGAGCGUUCAUGUGGUACCACGGCAACGAGACCGGCCAAAUCCCCGGAGCCUUCCCCAGUAAGUGGUGGGAAGGAUCGGCUCUAUUCGCCGCCGCUCUCAACUAUUGGCAUACGACCGGAGACACCACGUACAACGAUGAAGUCAGCGUCGGGUUGCAAUGGCAAGGCGGGAGCAAGGGAGACUACAUGCCGAGUAACUACAGUAGUUAUCUGGGAAAUGACGACCAAAUGUUCUGGGGUCUAGCAGCCAUGAGCGCCGCCGAGUUGAAAUUCCCCGAUCGGAGUUCCGGAUAUUCCUGGCUUUCCCUCGCACAGGGUGUCUUCAACACGCAAAAGGCUAGAUGGGAUACGAGCUCAUGCGGUGGUGGACUGCGCUGGCAAAUCUUCGUCUACCAAGCCGGAUACACGAUGAAGAACGCGGUGUCGAACGGUGGAUUUUUCCAGCUCGCUGCGCGACUGGCCCGAUACACCGGCAGCGCCGAGUAUCUGACCUGGGCAGAAAAGGCGUGGGAUUGGUCUGUUUCCUCACCGUUGGUGAACAACCAGACCUGGAACGUGGCCGAUUCGACACAAUGUGCGGACAACUGCGCCAAUGCUGGCAACGUCCAGUGGACGUACAACUACGGCAUCUACUUGAUGGGCGCUGCUUAUAUGUACAACUACACGAGCGACCAAAAAUGGCUCGACGCAACCAACGGCCUAUUGGGGACCAUGUUCAAAACCUUCUUCCCCCACGACAACAUCCUCGAAGACAUCACCUGCGAACCGCGCGAAAUCUGCAACAACAACGAAAUCCUCUUCAAAGGCCUCACAUCCCAAUGGCUCUCUUACACCGCCAUCCUGGUCCCUCAAACCGCCGACCAGAUCUGGCCGAAACUCCAAGCUUCCGGCACCGCGGCCGGCGCGUCUUGCACGGGCAACGGAAACAACACCUGCGGCGUGCGCUGGUACCAAUCCAAAUGGGACGGAUGGACAGGCAUGGAGGAGGAGAUUAGUGCCAGUCAAGUGUUCAGUGCGAAUUUGCUGAAAUACGCGACUGGUACCGUGGGACCGGUUACGGCGAAGACGGGAGGAGAUAGUAAGAGCAACCCGAAUGCUGGCGAGGAGGGUACGAGCACUUCGCCGCAUUAUAGUACGAUUACGGGGGGUGACAAGGCGGGGGCUUCGAUUUUGACGAUUGGGUUUGUUUGCGGCUGGGUUGGGAUAAUGGUUUUCAUGCUGCUUGGGGGGUGA